AAUUUUGCAUAGAAAGAGCUGACGGCCAUUUUCUUUUCUAACAUCGUUUCAUGUCUGUCUUUGCGCCAUAUAUAACACUAGGAAGUCUAACUUAUAAUAGCCUGGCAGCUGUGUAUGCGUCAAGUUUGCGUACAGAAAAGCAAAAAUGUUCAGUUAAACAAAGUAUUGCUAUUAAUUCGGCAGUGUAAACUUACAUACAAUGAAUUAGUAUACGCAGUAGUAUACUGUAUUUAGUGAUUGUAAUUGACACACCACAGCACACCGUGUACAACGAAAUGUGUUCCAAUGCGACAUAGCAGGGGGCAGCUAAUUCAGCGCACGGGGAGGGCUUGGGGCCGGUAUCUUGCUCAGGGUACCUCAGUGGUGUCUUACUGGUCGGGAAUUCGAACCUCCAAUCUUUCAAUUACGAGUGCGCUUCCAUAACUAUAUGUGAUGUAUAGUCACAGUUAUUUCCAGUCCGAAACUUCAAAAAGACUGGCCUAAUCACAAUUCAUGAACCUAAGUUGUUUAAUGAUUUUUAUUAUUUCACGUUUAAUAUCGACCAGUCCAGAAAUAUAUUUUUAAAAGGUAUCGUGAUUUAGUAACGUCGAUUUGGGUGGGGUUUCCUUUAAAAUUGAAAGUGACUAUCAUACUAACUGUAAUAUGCAAGGUGUAUAUUCACUGAGCUGAACAUUGUUGUAAUCCUUGAACAUUUUUAUCAAUUAAUGGUUGUGGCUUUGUUUAUUGAAGAAUCAGGAAUUAAUGUCUUUGGUUCCUGUGAAAUUUGGUUUGACCAAUAGAAAUUCAAUAUUACUAGGCGGGCUUUGAGCAUCCAAUGAAAUCAUUCCUAACUCUAAUACCAAGUUUGCAUACCGUCCAUAUAUAAGGCGGGUGUGGUAACAAAACCCGUUAUUCAACUUUGUGGUACUUGACGGAAUAUGCCUGAUCCAGCGAAGUCUGCGCCUAAGAAGGGCUCUAAGAAAGCGGUUACUAAGACCGCUGGAAAGGGAGGAAAGAAACGUAAGAGGACCAGGAAGGAGAGUUAUGCCAUCUACGUGUACAAGGUGCUGAAGCAGGUGCAUCCCGACACCGGUAUUUCUUCCAAGGCUAUGGGCAUCAUGAACUCUUUUGUCAACGACAUCUUCGAGCGCAUCGCCGGAGAGGCUUCCCGCUUGGCCCACUACAACAAGAGGUCAACCAUCACCUCCAGGGAGAUCCAGACUGCUGUGCGCCUUUUGCUUCCUGGUGAGCUGGCCAAGCACGCCGUGUCUGAGGGCACCAAGGCUGUUACUAAGUACACCAGCUCCAAGUAAAGUGUCUGUCAACGUUUCCCCCCCCCCCCAAGGCUCUUUUAAGAGCCACCCACUUUCUCGGAAAAGAGCGUUCUCUUUUUUAUUUUCUAUUUUUUCCCCCCUAGGUUUAAUUCUAUGCAAAAAACUUUAGGCUGCCUCGUUAUGAUUGGCGCUGUGCAAAUAAACUUUUCUU